AUGGACAAAGUAAAGUACCAAUUCAAGUUCUCUCAUAACGCGGGACUUGGAUCUUUCUUGUUAAAUUCAAUGACAGGAAAAACUACAAGCUUCGCAGAGAAGGCCUUCGAAGAAAAGAGGCAGACACUCUGGCGAAACAAGAUUGCGGGGAGCAAAGAAACCCGCCACAAGUUCUGCAACAUGGCUCAUCUGGGCCAUUGGUUCACGGAUAAGAGGUUCCAGCCGGUGCAUGAUCUCGCAAUCGGAGUUGAAUUCGGUGCUCGGAUGGUUACUAUCGACGGCCGCCCGAUUAAGCUUCAGAUUUGGGAUACUGCUGGUCAAGAGUCAUUCAGAUCGAUCACUAGAUCAUAUUACAGAGGGGCAGCUGGUGCACUUUUGGUUUACGACAUCACCAGGUAG